AUGUCCGCCAUCGCCCAGCUCGCGCAGGCGGCCUGUGCGGGCCGCACCAGCAGCGCAGCGGCGUCCCGCAAGGCCAGCAGCCUGGCGGCGCCCCGCCUGGCAGCAGCCCGCCGCACGGCAUUCACGGCAGCAGGCAGCAGCAAGGUGGCUCAGCGCAGCAGCGUGGUAAAGGCGGCGGCGGCAGAGGCGGCGGCUCCCACUGCGCAGUGCACCUACGAGACGAUGAUUGUGCUGCGCCCCACCAUGGCUGACGAGGAGCGGGACCAGGAGCUGGCCAAGUUCCAGGCCUUCCUGCAGAAGCAGGGCGCCAGCCAGCUCAGUGACAUGGUGCGCGGCAGGCAGCGGCUGGCCUACCCCAUCAAGAGGUUCACCGAGGGCAUCUAUGUGCUGUACACCUACACCGCCGCCCCCACCGCGGGCCAGGCGGUGCAGAAGUACCUCAGCACGCCCCAGGCCGGCGCCGAACUCAACAUCCUGCGGCACAUGACCUUCCGAGUGUGA